AAUAUACACACCUUGGAAGAGUUUAUUGGAACAUUUGAAACAUUAAAACUCCAAAAGAAACAAUAUGUAGAAAAUUAUGACAAUCCCAUUCAUUACCGACGAAUCACAGAAUACACAUCAACACCCGUCGCAGCCCAUCCUGUUAAUCAAGAUGGCGUGUUUCCGCCCCUUUAGAUCGAGAACGGCAUUUUGAUGUUGGGUUAAGUCUACAUUUGAUUAAAUAAAGUGUAUUUUAAGAUAAACAGUACAUUAGAGUUUACUUAUUAAUAUAUUAUGGAAUUUUUCAGUAAUCACGUCUUCCUAUAAUUUAGAUCGAGGCGCGGAGUUUGAUUGACCAUAGCCUCACAUGUUCCUACUUAAUGAUGUAUUAUACGCUAAAUUAACCAUUCGAUGAAACCAAAGCAAUAAUAUUUUACAAUAUAAUUGAAAAAAAAAUGUAUUCCCGUUCGACGAAACCAGAUAAUAGGGUUAAUCCUUGAGAACAUUGUUUUGAAUGGCUACUGUUUGACUGAAACGUAAGAAUGUUUACCGAAAUUAAUUGCAAUAUGAUAGAAUGAUAUAAGCAUUGAGUUUAAAUAAUAUUCAGUGGUCUCUUAUUACUCGGUUAACGGUUUUUCACUUUAAUAUCAUUUCACGUGCAAUUGAUUGCCAUCUCCUCAUCGCAUCGCUGUAACGUUUGCAAAUAGGCAGUUGGCCUCGAUAAUAGUUUAACAGAGUAUAUAGUGUGAUUCAUAAUGAGUUUCAGAAAACGUUUUACUUUAGCUUUAGUGCGAAAUGCUGAAGAAGUUUUACUGGGGUUAAAGAAAAGAGGUUUUGGUGAAGGAAAAUGGAAUGGAUUUGGGGGUAAAGUGGAAGCAGGUGAAAGUAUUCAUGAUGCAGCUGUAAGAGAACUCAGGGAAGAAAGUGGCUUGAUUGUAGAAAAUCUGAAGUACAUUGGCAUUCUUGAUUUUGAAUUUGCUGGUGACCCCAAAAUUUUGGAAGUUCAUGUAUUUACUACAAGUCAAUUUACUGGACAACUUGUAGAGAGUGAUGAAAUGAAACCUCAAUGGUUUUCCAUUCAAGAUGUACCUUUCGCAAAGAUGUGGCCUGAUGAUAAAUUCUGGUUCCCACUCUUUCUCAAAAGUGAAAUGUUUAAAGGUUAUUUUUUUUACAAAGAUCAAGAUACAAUUGGGCAUUAUACCCUUUCUGUUGUAGAUGAACUACCUAGUGAAAACAUAAGUAAAAUGUUGGAAUUAUAAUAGUGCAGUCUGAAUUUACGUGAAUAAUGACUUUGGACAAUUACUUCAGAAUGAAAAAACUUGUGUUUAUUGUGACGAUCUGUAUAAUUUCAUCAACCUGAACUUCUUGAAAGAACAUCAAUAGUAUCUUUAUUAUCAUCAUCAUCAUCAUCAUCAUCAUCAUCCUCACCAACACAAUGAGCAGGACUGAAGCAAAAGCUGUGCCGGCAUAGAACAAGAAUGGGCAUUUCCUUCCAUCUUCCUUCUUAUCUGUUAGAAAUGCAAUAAGACACACAAUAAAUACAGCAUAUAAAAUAUAUCUAUGAAAUAAAAUUUGGUUAAAAAGUCAUUCGAUUUUUAUUUAGUUGAUAUGGUAAUGUAAAUGUUAAAGGCUGAAAACAGUAAAUGACAAUAUAUUCGCCUUAAAAUAGUUUUAAAUGAUGUUCUAUAUGAGGGCAAUAAUUGUGCUGGAUUAACAAAAGAUGCAAAAUGUUCCUUCUCUAAUCUUUUUAUGGGAAAAACCUUAUUUCAUUGAAAUUAUUCCUACCUGCCCAAGUUGUGG